UGCUGCGAUUGUGUAAAACUUCUGCGGAUAUUAGCAGCUGUUGACACCUCUCCGCACUGGAAGAAGGAACUUUUAUCCCCUUCAGUUACUAGAAAGAAAGGAAAAUUUCAUGCUGCAAGACAUCUACGAGAUGAACUGUGGACUUCAUCAUUAGUAACUAUUCUCUAUACACAAAAAUGCUGAUAAGUAAUAUACAGUUACUCAUCGUACAAGCAAAAAGUAUUUAUAACAAUUGUGAUGAUCGACGUAACUCGCCACAUCUGUGCUUGAUGUGCACGUUGGAUUAUCUCGCAACUCGGAUGGAUCCAUGUUGUUCUAAGUACAAAUUGAACACUUAUUUUCUGUCCGGUCUUUUUAGAUUAAAAUGUAUCUAAACAAAAGAGAUAGUCCUUAUACUUGUGAAAUAAAAUCAUGGUAGGUAGGCUAUUAAGAAAUGAUUGUGCUAAAGAGCUAAUUUAAAUCGGAUAUCAUGUCUACAUUCUUACAGUAUGCGAAUUGUGUACCGUAAUCUAAUCGGGACGGAAAUGCCUCUUAAUUCACCCAACAUUUUUGUCUUUUAGAACCAUGAUUCGUAUAUAAGAUUCCCGGUUUCUUUCUCUUUAACCGCGAGGCCUCUUUAAACUGAAAAGACGUUUUGCAAGAUUCUCCUAUUACUUGCUCUAAAUCUAUAGUUGUUCUCAACGAAUAAAAAGAGAAGCUCUAGCUAGUUCCAAAACAAUGAGUCUAAUAUUGUUGUUACAAUAUUAGGUUACAAGAAACCUAUUUACCAGUCUAUGAAACUCAAGUGACAUUCUUAAAUGAAAAAUGUCACUAAAUGAUAAAAUCUAAAAAAAAUAGCGAAAUAUUUUUUGAUAAAGACAAGGUACCUUCACACACGUAGACUAUAAACAUUAGAGACAUUUAUUCUCCUUUGGAGUGGAUAUAGUAUAGACUCAAAAUCAUACUACACAUUAUGAUUUAAAGACACAACAGGCAGUUAAUUUCAACAGAGACAAUUCUGGUUGUGUAAACUGCUGAAGAACUGCGCUGCGAAGUGAAGCAUGUCUUUUGGUGAGUUCAUUGAGCUUAAGGAUCUUGCAGUGGAAGAUCGCAUUGAGCUGACUGCUCCUAUACCGCAUCGGACGCCUCGUCUGGAGAGAGUCAAUGCCUUGAGGAUAAGCCCCGGAAAAUUUCCUGAUCUUUUUAAUCGGGUCAGGAUUAUCAGGCUACUGGGAGACAGUAUGAAAGAUCCACGAUUGGUAGAGGAGACAGGAGAGGGCCAUAACUUCCAGCCAUGCAGCCAUACCCAACCCACCUGGUGUGACUUGUGUGGCGACUUCAUCUGGGGGGUAUACAAACAAAGCCUGCGUUGUGUCAACUGUAGGUUCACUUGCCAUUACCGCUGUAGAGCUCUCAUUAAACUGGACUGCAGUCAGGAUCAUGAAUCUAUUGCUGAUCAGUCUGAUGAUGCCCCAGAUAGCAGUGAAACAGACACCAAUGUGGAUGAGGUAAUUGACAGUAAGAAACAAGAAUUAUCACUUUCAGAGAUCCAGCAGAAAGUAAAGGAAUAUAAUGCGCAGAUCCAUAGCAACCUCUUCAUGUGUUUGAACAAAGAUGGCACCUACACUGGCUUUAUUAAAGUUCAUCUGAAGCUUGUACGGCCAGUGUCUGUCCCACCUCUACGCAAAGGUGCUGCGUCCCAGGAGUCGGCCAAUGGAAAGAGGAGCGGAGUAAUAAAGAGACGCACAUCCUUCUACCUUCCCAAGGACACAGCCAAACACCUACAUAUUAGCUCUCAGACCCGUGCCAAAGAAGUGAUCCAGGCCCUGCUCAAGAAGUUCACCGUCAUUGACAAUCCCGCCAAAUUUGCACUGUUUGAGCGCACUGAGCGUCAUGAGCAAGUGUACCUACGGAAGCUCUCUGAUGACGAGUGUCCACUUUACCUGCGUCUGUCUGCUGGCCCCAAUGAGAAGGUGCUGAGUCUGGUGCUGAAGGAGAAUGAGACUGGAGAUGUCAAUUGGGAUGCGUUUUCUAUGCCAGAGCUUCAGAAUUUCUUACGCAUUCUGAAGCGAGAGGAAGAGGAACACGUAAAGCAAAUUGUUCAGCGUUAUGCUCUCGCCCGUGAUCGUUUCCAGGAGGCUCUGGCUGGCUCCAACCCAGGCUGAUGGCUCCAACCCCCUGAGCCUGCACUGCUGACUGAGGACCACUAGGGGGCCUUGGUCUCUGUUGUGUCCAAAGACCCAUAAAGAUUAUCAUCAGUGUGAUGACGGGGAGUGAGUGAGCGAAAGAGUGCGAACGUGUGAAAGCGCAAGAGCGUAAGCAGAUGUGCAUACUUGAAGAGAGUGAAUCGUGGCUGUACGCGAGCGAAUGUGCUGGGAAAUGGACGACUGAAAACAACCAACUUGUCAUGAAUGAUGUGCGAUUGAACGAAUGCACACAGAGAUUCCCAUAGAAAGGACAUUCUGUUUCUAUGGAGAGUUAAAAGAUCUCUCUGGGCUUCACUGCCUGUGAAGUUUGAGUUGCUGUUGUUCGUUAAAAGACACAUUUACACACCCCAAACACACACACACAUACACACACACACACUCACACUAAGUCUUUUUCCUUACCUAAUACUGUUAUUCUAUCUUUUUAUGUCAUUUAAGUGUCGUGCGUUAUUUGCCCUGUCAUCUAAUUGUGAGCAAAAAAUUAGGCUUCACCUAUUUCAUCCUAUGAGUAAACACUUAACUGUCUAUGUGAAAAAUGUUUAUUUUUUAAUAAACUGAUCUUUUUCUUUUGGA